AUGGGCCUCUUUCAUGUGAAGAUGGCCUGUGCAGAUGCAUUAUGGCGUCUACUCAUCUUGCCUCGGUUUGCCAAAAAUGACUCUGAUCGCUACAGCCUUCUUCAUCAUGCUGAGAUCAUCCGGCGGAAGGAAUCAAAGAAAAUUCAAACAAAGCCUGGCUUCCGCUUGAUGCAUGAGCUCAUCUUGCGAAUUGGCCUUGGGUCUCGGCUUGAUAUCUGGCGUGUUCUUGUCAAGUCUCUUGACUCAAGUUGGGGCUCCUUAGAGCUGUUUGCCCAAUCCAAACCUUCCUUCAACCUGCUUGUCUCGCUUUCUCACCGACUUGCUAAAGAGUAUGUUGCCAAAGGUGAUAUGAUUGCAAAUCUCCGACAGAAGCCGGACUCGGAGCGGGAUAUGGUACGGGAAAACAUGCUUCUCCGCCAACAGCUCUUUUCGCUUUAUGAAGAGAUCAGCUAUGCAAUGAACACCGGUGACAUUGGUCGAGUCGAGUCAACCUUUGUGCCCUGGUCAUAUAUUUUCUCCGCAACAAACAAACACCGAUACGCACUACAUCUCCGCCGAUAUCUACGUGAUGUUCACCUCCGAUAUCCUCCUGGCCUUCGACGGGCUAUUCGAAUGAACAUUCUUAUCAAUCCUACUGGCAAGCCUGGUCGAUUUCGAGGAGUUGACUGGCAGGUUGAGCAUAACAACCUUUUUGUCCAGCGUGUCUAUGGCGGUCGUUUCUCAAACCAUACAAAGCACUAUAUCAUCAAGGAGUCAUCUCUACUUGGCGUCUUCAAAAAUGCGCGGAUGCAGGUAGAUCGUCAGUUUCGCAUUGCGGGUCAUGGUACCAAACAUGCACCACCAAAUCUGGACAGCACUAUCCAGUUACUCCGAGAAGACCUUGAACAGACUCGUGCUCAUGAAAUCGUGGUAUCACGGCAUGUACAAUAUAAGAUCGAGGACUCCAUCAAGACUGGUAUCAAUAUCAGCCAAACCUCCCUAGCUGCUCUCCCACUUCGUGGUGAAGGGCGAGCCCUUAUAGCUGACACUGAUGAUGAUCCAGACGAGGAUGAAGAGGAAGAUGAUUGGGAUGAUCAGGAAGCAGUUCAUGAUGAAGAGGAAGAGGUUCAGGAUGAGGAUGACUUGAAUGAGGAUGGCUUUGAUUAA